AUGUCGCAGGUCCCCGGUACCAACAAGACUACCAACGACGUCCAGAAGGACGCCCAGAAUCUCGCCAACGACGCCUCGAACCAGGCCUCGAAGGCCGGCAACGACCUCUCGAACAAGGCCAGCGAUCUCUCGUCGCAGGCCCAGCAGUCGGGUGACUCGCUUAUCAAGCAGGCCAGCGACCUUGCCGGUAACACCUUCGCCUACGUUCAGCAGACCGCAGGCUCUCUCCUCGGACAGGGCAAGGAGCACGCCGGCAACGCCGCUGACCAGACCAAGGCCGCCGCCAACGACGCUUCCAACGAGGCAUCCAAGACCGCCGAUGCUGCUGCCAAGCAGGGCGAGCAGUCCGCUGAGGAGGCCAAGCAGACCCUGAUCGGCUUGACCAACCAGGCCCGCGACCUCGCUUCGCACACGCUCGACUCGGCCAACCAGUACAUCAAGCCCGCCGGAGACAACGCCGAGGGCCUCGUCAACCAGGCCCGCGCCACCGCCGCUCACGUCGUCGACCAGGUCUCUCACCUGCUCGCCGCCGGCCAGCAGAAGGCUGGUGAGCUCGCGGAUGAGGCCAGCAAGCAGGCUGGUCAGGCUCAGCAGAACGCCAGCCAGCUCGCCAGCGACGCCACCAACACCGCCUCCCAGAAGGCCGGUGAGGCUCAGAAGAACGCCCAGAGCGCCAGCCAGCAGGCUAGCCAGGCUCUGAGCGACGCCGCUGCUCAGGCAAAGGGCGCCGUUCAGGGUGCUACCGGUGCCAAGUAA